AUGACUCAGGAAGCAUCCUUUUCCAACGACCCACGAUGGAAUUAUGACGUCUUCUUGAGCUUCAGAGGUGAAGACACCAGAAAAAGCUUCACUGAUCACCUCUACAAUGCUCUGGUGCAAAGGGGAAUUCACACCUUCAGAGACGAUGAAAAGCUCAAGAGAGGAGAAGACAUCGCCUCUGAGCUGCACAAAACCAUCGAAGAGUCAAGGAUUUCAAUCAUCGUUUUCUCCAGAAACUAUGCAUCCUCUAGAUGGUGCAUGGAUGAACUCGUGAAGAUCCUGGAGUGCAGGAAAAUGAUGGGGCAGUUGGUUCUGCCUGUUUUCUAUGACGUCCACCCAUCGGAUGUCCGAAAGCAGACGGGAAGUUUUGCGGAAGCAUUUGCCAAACAUGAAGAGCAUUUCAGGGCGGCCGGGACUGAGCGUAAAGUGCAGAAGUGGAAAGAAGCUCUCGUGGAAGCAGCAGAUGUGUCUGGGUGGGAUUUACAAAGCGUUACAAAUGGGCAUCAGUCAAUGCUCAUCCAAGGAAUUGCUGAAGAAGUUUUGACAAAAUUGAGUAAAACAUUACUAGAUGUUGCUGUUUACCCAAUUGGAAUAGAUUCACGCGCGCGUGACAUGUAUACCUUACUAAGUAUUCGACCAGACGAUGUUCGAAUCGUGGGGAUUUGGGGAAUGGGAGGAAUAGGCAAGACAACUAUUGCCAAAGCUAUUUAUAACCAAAUUUUUGGUAGAUUUGAAGGUGGUAGCUUUCUUGCAAAUGUUGCAGAAAAUUUCAAGCAACAUAAUGGUAUAGUUCAAUUACAAGAACAACUUCUCUUGGAUAUCUUAAUGGUAAAAGAUUUAAAGAUUAAAAAUAUUGCUAGUGGAAGUAGUGUGAUUAAGGAAAGACUAUGCUAUAAGAAGGUUCUUCUUGUUCUUGAUCAUGUGGAUCAACCAGAUCAAUUAUAUGCUUUAGCUAGAGAACAUAAUUGGUUUGGUGCAGGAAGUAGAAUUAUUAUUACAACUAGAGAUGUUCAUCUGCUGAAUGUUCUUCAAGUGGAUGAAAUAUAUGAAGCUAAGGAAUUGAGUUAUGAGGAAUCUAUUAAGCUCUUUAGUUGGCAUGCUUUUGGGAAAGACCAUCCAACAGAGGAUUAUAUGGAGCUCUCAAAGCGUGUAGUGAGUUAUGUUGGAGGGCUACCUUUAGCUCUUGAAGUCUUGGGUUCUUUUCUACUUGACAAAAGAAGCAAACCUGAGUGGAUAAGUGUAUUAGAGAAACUAAAAAGAAUCCCUCAUGAUCAAAUUCAGAAGAAACUUAGAAUAAGCUUUGAUGCACUAGAUGAUCAAAUGAGGGACAUAUUCCUUGAUAUUGCAUGCUUCUUUAUAGGAAUGGACAGAGAUCAUGUUAUUAGAAUACUAGAUGGUUGUGGUUUCUUCUCAGAGACGGGAAUCAAUGAUCUCAUCCGCAAAUCUCUUCUAAAAGUAGGUGAAAACAAUGAACUAAGGAUGCAUGAUCAGAUUCGAGACAUGGGAAGAGAAAUUAUUCGUGAAAAAUCGCCCAAGGAGCCUGGAAGUCGUAGCAGACUCUGGUACCAUGAGGAUGUCCACCAUGUAUUGACACAACACAGCGGAACUGAAGCAGUUGAAGGCCUCAUUCUAUCAAAGAUAAUAGAUGAGACUUUGAGUACUAAAGCAUUUGAAAAAAUGCAUAAUCUAAGAUUGCUCCAGCUUAACCAUAUACACCUCAAGGGAAGCUAUGAAUAUUUUCCCAAGAACUUAAGGUGGCUCUGUUGGCAUGGAUUCCCUCUGAGAUAUAUACCUACCAAUAUUCAUCUAGAGAGCCUUGUUAUCCUUGACAUGCAAUAUAGCAAAAUGGAACAAGUUUGGAAGGAAAUCAAGGUUCCUCUGAAAAAUCUGAAACUCCUUAAUCUUAGCCAUUCCAAAUACCUAACCCAAACACCCAACUUCUUAGUAUGCCCUAAUCUAGAGAUACUGAACCUAGAAAAUUGUGAAAACUUAGUUAAGAUCCACCAUUCUAUUGGAAAUCUUAGCAAACUAGCUUUACUAAACCUGAAAAAUUGCAGAAACAUUAGAAAACUUCCAAGCAGCAUCAGUCAACUAACAUCUCUUAAAGAUCUUAUUCUAUUUGGUUGCCCAAAACUGGUUACUUUGCCAUCUAAAUCCCGGCUUUCUUCAGUACGGUCUUGGGCUUUAUUAGGAAGAAAAGAUCACCCUCAUUCUAUUACUCAGCUACCCAUUUCUUUCUCCUACCUAUCUUCCUUAGAAAGAUUGGAUCUCAGUCACUGCAACUUACCAGAAAGCGCAAUUCCUAGCGAUCUGGGGAACUUAUCAUCACUUAAAGUAUUGCAUCUAAGCUAUAACAACUUCAGCAACCUACCAGCCAGCAUGAAUCGUCUCUCUCAACUGAAGGAAAUUUUCCUGGAGAAUUGCCGGAGGCUUCAAUCAAUCCCAGAGCUUCCACCAAGUUUACAACUACUCAACGCAAAUGGGUGUACGUCGCUGGAAACAAUAUCAAACCUCGGAAGCUUAACAUCAUUAACUACACUACGCCUAUGCAAAACCAGUAUCUAUAACCUACCUUCCAUUGCCCAGCUUUCUCAUCUGGGCUACCUCGAGAUAAAGGAAUGUCCAAAGCUUCAAACGCUUCUGGGACUGCCAUCGUAUCUAUUGAGGUUGAACUUAGAAGGUUGCACCUCAAUAGAAAGAUUAAACUUAUCAAAUUUACGCCUCUUAUCAGACUUCUAUGUAACUAAUUGCACCGAGCUGGCGGAGAUUCAGCUCCCCGCCACCCUAGAACACUCGCGAGUCAUUGUCGUGGGAGGCUGCAACAACCUGUCGUUCUCUUCUAGGAACAAUCUACUAAGCCUCUUACAGGGACAACGGCAACAACAACGAUUCGAUGUAUUAUUUCCACAAAAACGGUUUGAUAUCUUUCUCCCUGGGAGUGAGAUUCCUGAAGGGAUUAAGUAUCAAAGUAUGGGUUCUGUGAUAUCGUUUGAGGUGCCUCCUGCUCCAGUCAUGGAUCAACAAAUCAGACUGCAGGGGCUUACUAUAUGCGCUGCUUACGCUACAAAUGAAGAUCCAGACUUAUUUGGGGUGCCUCCAGUAGUUGGUUUCGCUAAUAUUGUUAAUAAAACCAAAGGUCUUGAGUGGAAGCUACUACCACAGUUUAGUUAUGCACCAAGAAUGGCAUCUGGGGCUCACAUCUGGGUGAGCCACAGGUCGGAUACAUGGAUUCAGAGCUGCUUGGAAGUUGGAGACCGAGUGGAGGUUUCGAUAGUAUGUGAAGGAGGAAGACAUAUGACUACCAAGUGCGGAGUUCAUCUAGUAUAUUUUCCAACUGAUGAGGGAGAUGGAUUGGUGACAGUUGAUUCAGUGAGGAACAGCUGCUGCCAGAAGUAUCUAGCCUAA